CACAGCCGGCUGGGACCCUCCUGAAGCCUCCCAGGGGACACGUCAGCUCUGUUCUUCGUCCCCCUCCCCAGCCAGCGGCACCAUGACGCCCGUGUGGCUGUGCUGGGCCCUGUGGGCGCUGCCCCUGACCGGCCCCGGAGCUGCCCUGAGCGGGGAGCGGAUCCUGGGCGGCCUGCUGCGCCAGCUGCACCUCAGCCAGGUGCCCGUCCUGGAUGAGGGCGAAGUGGAGGCACUGGUCACCCCUGCCCAUGUGACAGCCCAGUACGUGGCCCUGCUGCGGCGCAGCCAUGGGGCCCACUCCCGAGGGAAGAGGUUCAGCCAGAGAUUCCGAGAGGUGGCGGGCAGGUGGCUGGCGACAGAGGCCUCCACGCACCUGCUGGUGUUUGGCAUGGAGCGGCGGUUGCCCCCCAACAGUGAGCUGCUGCGGGCGGUGCUGCGCCUCUUCCAGGAGCCGGUACCCAGGGCGGCGCUCCGCAGGCUCGAGCGGCUGUCCCCGCACAGCGCCCGCGCCCGCGUCACCAUCGAGUGGCUGCAAGUCCGAGACGACGGCCCCAACCGCACCUCCCUGGUGGACUCCAGGCUGGUGUCCCUCCACGAGAGCGGCUGGAAGGCCUUUGACGUGACGGAGGCCGUGACCUUCUGGCAGCAGCUGAGCCGGCCUCGGCAGCCCCUGCUCCUGCAGGUGUCGGUGCAGAGGGAGCACCUGGGCCCGCCCGCCUCCGGGGCCCACAGGCUGGUGCGCUUUGCCUCCCAGGGGCCCACGGGCGCCGGGCAGGGGGAGCCCCGGCUGGAGCUGCACACCCUGGACCUGGGGACCUACGGAGCUCAGGGCGACUGUGACCCCGAGGUGCCGGUGACGCAGGCUGCCCGCUGCUGCCGCCAGGAGGUGUACAUUGACCUGCGGGGGAUGAAGUGGGCCGAGAACUGGGUCCUGGAGCCCCCGGGGUUCCUGGCCUACGAGUGUGUGGGCACCUGUCAGCAGCCCCCGCGGCCUCUGCCCUUCGAGUGGCCACUUCUGGGGCCACGGCAGUGCGUCCCCUCGGAGACGACAUCGCUGCCCAUGAUCGUCACUGUCAAAGAGGGAGGCAGGCCCAGGCCCCGGGUGGUCAGCCUGCCCAACAUGAGGGUGCAGAAGUGUAGCUGCUCCUGGGACGGGAUGCCCGUGCCAAGGAAGCUGGAGCCUUAGGUGUGGGAUGCAGUGCCAAGGCCUCUGACUGGACAGGUGCACAGAAGCAGGUCUUGAUGUAGGUGUGAAAAUCCUCCUUAGUGACCCCCGGCCCAACUCAUCCCUGCUUUACCUCUGCUGCAUGGUCUUUUGUUUCCUGUCCUCCUGAGCCUCACCCACCUAAGCACUUCCAAGAGUCACUAACGCAGCAGUGAGGACUACCGAGCUUUAGAAGGAAAUCCCAGCCUACUUGUGAAAAGAUGCAGCUGGGCAUGGACAGACUGGUAGCUGGGAGCUUCUCUUCAGCAAAUCCUCAGCUGCGUAUGGGAUGACACGCCUUGUGAUGUGAACUGCGGAAACAGACUGAUAUACCCCAUUACAUUAUGAGAAUUAAAAGAGAAUUUUUAAAAAUCUCCUGGUUUUCCCUAGGUACGGAGGAGGUCUAAAACAGAACUCCUGUUCCCCAAAACGUUGAUCCAUUCUGGACUCUUGUAAACAUAGUUGGGUCCCCCACUCCCCUGAGAGAUUAUGAGGAGGGAGGACGAAGGGUUUCCAGCUGGGGACAGUGGGCAGGCAGUCAGGACACCUGGCUUCUGGAUCUAACAGGACCUCAACUGUGACCUCAAGCCAACGGGGAAGCCCUUGGCCACUGUUUCUGCUUACAAGGGAGGAGGUGGGAUUCAGCUCUGAGUCAUUACCCUGGGGGACAGAGAGCCCUAACCUCCCCCGCUCCUCCCCCUUAGACCCAGCAUUUUCUGUGCAUAGUUAGGUCAUUUCCCCCACUGCUUUAGAGGAUAUACCACCAGGACCCACAUGUAUUUACUUUUAUUAAAAUUUAGCAAAAGCAGUUGAG